AUGGUUGUCUACUACCAGGUUGCCGGCAAGAAGGUCGGCUCUCACGUCCUCUCCAUGGCCGUCCUCGGCACAAUGUUCGCCGGCUCUUACCUCGCCAUGGGUGGUGGCUCCAAGCCCAAGACCGCCGCUGGUCCCCCCAUCAACGCCUCGUCCAAGGAGGAGGGCGACUUCAUCCAACAAUUCCUGAAGGAAGUGGACGGAGGCGACAAGAAGUCCGAGAAACACUAA